AUGUUUAAUAUUUUUGCAACGUUUACAUUUAUCCAUCUUUGUAGAUGGAUAGUAGGAAACGGCGGUGGUGGCGGCGACGGUGGUAGCAGCGGUGAUAGCGGCGGUGGCAGCGGCGGUGGUAGCAGCGGUGAUAGCGGCGUUGGCAGCGGCGAUGGUAGCGACGGUGAUAGCGGCGGUGGCAGUGGCGAUGGCAGCGGCGGUGGUAACGUCGAUGGCAGCGACGACAGCGGCAAAGGCGAAUCAAGUGCAAAAGGAACACAAACGAAUAGAAAGACUAAGAAAAAAACGAUCAACAGCGUAGCGGCAACGAUCGAUGAUUGCCUCGUCUUCGAAGCAAUCGCAGACUUGGGGACAACCAUCGGUGGUUGCCUCGAGGACGAUGCUGCCACAGGCGUCGGAAUAAUCAUCGGUAGUUGCCUCGACGACGAUGCUGCCACAUGCGUCGGAACAACCAUCGGCGGUUGCCUCGACGACGAUGCUAUCACAGACGUUGGAGUAACCGUCGAUGGCGAUUGCCGGGACGACGAGGCGACCUGCGAAGAUCGACACGGCGUCGAGGCAAACAUCGAGAAUUCUCGAGACGACGACGCGAUGGGAGACGCCGAAAGCGACGCGACAGGAGACGUCGACGUCAGAUUUAUGCCAGUAGAAGAAGUGGAUACGAUAGGAGUAAACGUAGUGGAGAACGUGCAGGAUGAGGCUGUAGUGGAUUGUACAGGCACAGAGCUACUCAGUUCACCCCGAUUUUGUACAAAACCUACAGCUCCUGCAGUACUUGAAGGCAUUGUAUAUACCGGUUGCGUGUUACCCAUGUGA